AUGGUUGUUGGUAUAAUAGGAAACUGCCUCAACAUUGCUGUGCUUACAAGACCUUCCCUGUAUAAACAUGCUUGUUCUCGUUAUUUUCUGGCUCUUGCUUUCAACAAUUUGUUUUACACAAGUGCAAUUCUUGUUUAUCUUCUCCUGGCUAAUGGAUACCGCCUUGAUGUAACUAAAGUUUCUCUUAUUUUAUGCAAACUCAUUACAUAUGUCUAUCAAAUAUGUGCAACAUUAUCACCAUUUUUUAUUGUUCUUGCUACAAUCGAUCGAUAUUGUACCAGUUCAACGAGUGUUCGCUUGCGCAAAUUCAGUAAUGUUAAAGUUGCUCGUUGGGCGAUAAUGUUCAUUAUUAUUCUUAUCAUGCUUUUCUAUCUGAAUACUGCAAUUCUGAUAGAUUUAAGAUCAACCGACGCAUUUGGAUGUCGUGUUCGAGCUGAUACUAUCUAUAAACAAGUGUAUUCGAUCAUGCAAAUUUUUCUGUUUGCUAUUAUUGCACCAUUUCUUAUGAUGUUCUUCGGUAUCAUGACCAUAUACAAUACAAAACAAGUGCGUAUCAUUCCUACUGCAAUCAUACAACAUCGUCGAACCGAAUAUCAACUUGCUCGAAUGCUUUUUAUACAAGUAGGCUGUCAGAGUAUACUCACUGUGCCAACAUGUGUAACUUAUCUAUUAUUGGUCGUGCCAAAUACAAUUCUAGCUACAUCUGGCUUUUAUUUUGCUCGAAUGAUGUCUCAACUUCUCAUCAAUCAACUUGAAAAAAGAGAAGAAAAACAGACUGGUUUGGAUCUUAAUGAUGAUGGAUAUGUUGGAGGACAAGGUAUAGAGGGUAAAAUAGAAAGGGCAACUCAUAUUGAUCUUAAUCGUGAUAACAUCAUUGGUCGUCCUCUAGACGAUAUUCCUGGUGAUGGUUAUAUUUAA